AUGAAGGCUGUUCGCGUGCGCCGUGAGACUCGACGUCUCCACCACUGGCCUGAGAUUCAGCUGAAUAUCUGGUUGAUCGUGGUACUUUCGGCCUCGGCAACAUGUCUGGGAAUCUUCUCUUGGUUCAUGAUCGUGCAAUCGCAGAUGGACCUGGGCACCCCUUGGCUCUUCCCGUACAUGGUCGUCGUGAGCGCCCUCGGUGUUACGUUCUUUUUCCUCAUUCAAGUCCUUAUUGCACGGGGACCGCUACUUCCGGGCAUUCUUAUCGUUGGCAGCUUCAUUCUCUUCGUGCUCUGGUUAACAGGGUUGAUCGAGACCUCGUUGCAGCUGUACGGUGUCUCUGGCAAUGUCAAUGAUAAUUGCCAGAUCUGGGUGGUGGAGAACGAGUCCCGGGGUAACAGCAUCAACACACUGGCUUGGUUGACGCAAAGCACAAUCUGUAAUUGCUGGAAAACGGCCUUUGCGUUCGAGCUCGUCAAUACGAUAUUCUAUCUAUGGAUGAUGAUCAUGUCGUGGCAGGUCCAUAAGGACUUUUAUCACUGA